GCACUUUGAAUUUUCUAUUAUUCCAAUUUUUUCUUGCAAUGCGUAAUAGUGGCAACACUGGACGUGUGUGCGAGAAAAGGGCGUGCGUGAAUUAUUUAUUUAUUGAUAUAGGUAGUGGAUAGCCCAAAAUAUUAUGUUCAGCACUGUGUUGUGUCUGCGAGAAUUGAAUUGAUAUUGGCAAGUUCAAACUUCUGGGCAUCAGUAAUUCAUUUUCUAUCAUGAACGACGAUCGAUCGGACAGUUCCGUGACUUCAAUUGAAGACGAUGACGAGGAACGUACCGACAACACUGAAAACCUGUGCGAAAAUCCCACCAGGGACAUUCUUACGGAGGGAUUUUUCCGUCUGUUCAAGCCAGUGAUAGACGACCUUGACAGCAACAUUCGUGGAGCCCGGUUGAACCAGACCGAACUGCGUCAACAGCUGGAUGAGUUAUCGGUAGAAAUGAAGAAUCUCAACUUCGAAAACGAUCCGCAGCUGCACGACUAUUUCAAACGAAUGGUGCACAUCAAGCAGAAAGUGGUAGUAAUAAUGAACAUUCUGCAAGGAGCUCAGGAACGGCUUGUAGCUAUUUGUCAACAACAAGAGCAGGCAGUACCUACAUCUAUAGGUCAGGACAACUAAUAAGUAUAAUGCUAUACGAACCUGGAUGUACACAAUUAUUACUUUAAAAGUCUGUUAACUUAUUUUCUUAUAUGAAUUACAAGUAAAUUUAAACCACAAUAAA